UGGAGUGGUUUUAAUUUCAGAGUAAAAAAAAAAUCACGUGAUUUUUGUAUGAACGAACUCCAACCUCGAAGAUUGCCAACAAAAUAAACUGAAAGUUCUCAAUUUACAUAUCUAAAAACAUCACGAAAAGUCCCAAAAAACACAGAGACACCAGAUAAGUUGCCAACAAAUUAAAAAAUCACCGAAGCAUCCAGAAAAAAUAUCUCGAAAAUACGGAGAAUCCUGCAAAAGCCUGAACGGCUAAAAAAAUGAGAAAAUCCGGUCUUCCGCAUUUCAUCGCUUUUUAACAGCGGUAAAAGCAUAGACAGAUAGCAGCGUUUAUCCGCGAAAACUCGAUAAUUCGGAAUUAUCUCGGGAAUUGAUCCAGACUAAGCGCUACACUAAAUUCCCUAACUUAGUACGGAUCAAUGGCAUUUUCAGUGACAACACUGACCAAAACUCAGAGAACGUAGAUAACACAGAACAUGCAAAUCUAGCUUGGACACCAUACAAAUUCAGCGUCUAGUGCAAACGGCGAAUCAAGCAACAACAAUGUUGCUAGCGAGAAGACAACAAAGCCAACUACCACAGCUACAACAACAAAAACAACUACAACAUAAGAAACAACAACAACCAAAACAACAACCAAAACAACAACAAAAACAACGACUCACAACACUUCCACAUCAAUGCAGCAACAGCAGCAACAACAACAACAGCUGUUGCAACAACAACACCAACAGCAGCAACAGCAACAACAACAGCUUCAACUGCAGACGACGCAAAAGCAAUCACUGGCGCAGCAGUUAACCAACAACAUAAUAUUGUUGCGCGGCUCACGGAACGAGAACGGACAGAUUGUCAUACAGAAUAAGCAUGGCAUUAUUAGUAUUUAUAAUGAGCAGCAACCACCACCACAACAACAACAGCCGCAACAGCCGCAACAGCCGCAACAGCAGUUGGAACAUCAGCAGCAUAAGCAACAACAGAAAAUUGAUAAAACAAACGUUGCUGCAACAUUGACACAAUUGCCCACAACCACGACUGUUGCACGCAAAUCAAUACAAGCAACAACACAUGCAACAACAACAACACCAACAAGCAAAAGCACGGUAUAUGUUGCCACUAAAGAAAGUGUUGCUGGUGGCGGUGGUGGCACUGGUGCAGUGGCUUCGGUUGCCGGGAGUAGCAGCAGCAGCGGCGGUGGCACUGCAACUGGCAAUACAACCAAUACCAUUCUGCUGCAAACGCCAAUCAAUGCUAGCCAAUUGGAGUCGGUGUUGCUGCAUACGGCGAAUAUGAAGAAAUCGUCCGCCAACGCUACAGCCGCAGAUCGCCAGUAUCUCUUCAAAACGG